GUGCCCUUUUUCUCCUUCCCCCCACCCUCAGCCAACUGCGCACCCGGCGGCCCCGGCCCGACGGAGUGCCACGUCCUUAAUACUGUGACGGUGGCGGCGAAGAGGAGGAGGAGGAGGAGCCGGGCGAGGGCGUGUGUGCUGAGAACAACCGCCCCCUCCCCGCUCCAGCCGCCGCCGCCGCCGCUUCCUCAGCGUCCUCCGGGCCUGAGCCAUGGGCUCCUCUCAGAGCGUGGAGAUCCCCGGCGGGGGCACCGAGGGCUACCACGUCCUGCGAGUGCAAGAAAAUUCACCAGGACAUAGAGCUGGACUGGAGCCAUUCUUUGAUUUCAUCGUUUCAAUUAAUGGUUCAAGACUGAACAAAGACAAUGACACGCUCAAGGAUCUGUUGAAAGCGAAUGUGGAGAAGCCCGUGAAGAUGUUAGUAUACAGCAGCAAAACCCUGGAGCUCAGAGAGACAUCGGUAACUCCCAGCAACCUCUGGGGUGGACAAGGCCUACUGGGAGUCAGCAUUCGUUUCUGCAGCUUUGACGGGGCCAACGAGAAUGUGUGGCAUGUGCUGGAAGUUGAAUCCAACUCGCCUGCUGCUCUUGCAGGUCUCAGACCUCAUAGUGACUACAUCAUUGGUGCAGAUACUGUCAUGAAUGAGUCCGAGGAUUUAUUCUCCCUUAUCGAAACUCACGAAGGCAAACCAUUAAAACUUUACGUAUACAACACAGACACUGAUAAUUGUCGGGAAGUGGUCAUUACCCCUAACUCGGCCUGGGGUGGAGAAGGAAGCCUCGGUUGUGGCAUUGGGUAUGGUUACUUGCAUCGAAUACCAACGCGCCCUUUUGAAGAGGGAAAGAAGAUUUCUCUUCCAGGACAGUUGUCUAGUUCACCUAUUACCCCACUCAAAGAUGGCUUUACAGAAGUUCAGCUGUCUUCGGUGAACCCUCCACCUUCAUUACCACCUGGAACCACAGGAACCGAACAGGCUCUGGCUGGGCUUUCCAUUAGCUCGACUCCUGCCGUCCCUAACGUGCUCAAUACAGGUGUUCCUACAGUACCAUUAUUGCCUCCCCAGUCAGGUCAGACUCUUCCUCCAGUUAACCCGGCAGUAACUUUGCCAGGACUGAUGCCAUUACCCACUGGACUUCCCAACCUGGGUAAUAUCCCAAACCUUAACUUACCUGCCCCACACUUAAUUCCUGGUCCUGGAUUAGCAGACAUAGGACAUCCUGGUUUGCCACCGCUUCCUUCCUUGCCUUCCCUAAACCUUUCUGGAAUCUCACCAGAAUUUCUCGCGCAGUUUCCAAUGGUGACUGAGGUGUCUACCCGGCCUGCAGAUCUACUAUCCUCCGCUCCUCAGAUAGGGAGCUUACCUGUUAAUCCGGGCACUACAGUAGGCGUGGAACAAAUCUCCACAUUUAUCCUGGAUACUCCUCCUCCUCUUAUUACUGCAACGACAAUGGCUACUACCACUCCUCCUCUCAGCGCUCCUGCUGCCAUGGCGUCCACUCCUGAAGACCGAGGGGAUGGGUCAUCCACAUUCAACGAAAAACCAGCAUCCUUGGCGACAGAGGCAGCUGCUUCUGAAUCAUCAUAACUUCAGAUGUUUAGUUGGAUCAGGCUUGGUGUAUUUAUUCAGCUGUGGGAUAAAUAUUAAAAGAAAUGCAAACUACCACUAAUUUCAUGCUAGUUUGUAUUUUGCAGUUAGGUUUCCUGUAAAUAUACUAAGGGUCUGGGGUUUUUACAGGGAGCUUGGUGUGGGGCUGGGGAGACGGGAAGGAAGUGCUUAUAUUUAAAACAAAAACAAAAAAAUAUCAAGGUAGAAGAAUAUGCAGACCUCAACUGCCAAAAAUUGAGGUAUUUUUUAAAAAAUCUAAUCUGAAUUCUGUAGGCCUCCUUGCUUCUCCCCCCUGCCUCCAAGUUUUGCUUCUGUAAAAAGGAAGAAGCAGUUCAUGCUUGUGGCAUUUGAGAACCAUUAUUCUUGUACUUUGCAAGAAUUGUGAGAGGACAGAGGUCUUUUGUCCAGGUUGUACAUUUUAGCUCUAUAAAGUCCUUCGAACUAAAGCUGUUUAUAUUAAAAAUGUCACAGAGUGCGACUUGUCAAUUCAGCAUCAUUUUAAACCUGCCUGUACACAGACUUUCUGUUGAGCUUCUGCCAGCCCUUACCCCUUAACCUCCGCUGCUUUGCUUUAUAAAGCCCACUGUCGAAAGGCGUUUUGAAGAAAUGAGAAGGAAAAUGCUCCCAUUAACAUUGGACAUAGCUCAAAGGGAGGAGGGGUGGAACUUUCACUUUUGUAAAAACAAAAAGAGUUGUAUGGAGAGAGCUUACAUAAUGGCAAUAAAUUCUGAGAAUUUUA